GCGCUCGGAACUAUUAAAAACGGCUGUAGUUUGCAGUCGGACUCACAUUCAUGCGGACGUUGUUGCCACAGGCAGCCGCCGGCGUUGUUGGAGUCUAACUGGCCGCUGUGUUUUUUUUUUUUUUUUUUUUCUUCCCUCAAAUUAUUACACAAGGAAAACCGUGAACGGUUGAAGAAGUCUGAGAACAAAGAAGACUUGGUUUUCGUAAAACUACUACCGAUAUUUCAACUUUAAUAAGUGGCGUCGCUUAUUGCUAACUGCAUGAAGCACCGCCAGCCAACAAAAUGCAGAGAGGAUUAGCAUUAAAGCCUCAUUUUGAUUACGCGCAACUGGUGAAGACAAGCGUUUGAAGUCGCUUUUCUUCCUCCAUCAAACCUGCAGCUUCGGGACACUGUUCUACAAAAAUGAUCAAAACCCAGACGACAUACGAGAUGUUCACCCUCAUGCGAGAUUCAACACGACGUCUGGCCGCACUUCAUCGUUGCUCGCAAUGACGGAGCGCCAUCCUUUAGCCGAGAAGGCGAUGUCGGAGAGCUACGCUCGGCUCCGGUUCAAGGACACAUCUCUGCUGAUUUGGCAGCAGCAGCAGCUGGAGCUGGAGAAAGCUCCUCCGACCAAUUACCUGAGCCGCAGUCAGAGCUCCUGGUACAGCCAGUACGGCAACCAGGCAGUUGUGGUACGGGACAAAACAAGUCUGAAAGACUCCGAUAGCACUGGACAAUCCCGGAUUUGUGCUGUUAUGUGAUCGCGGUAUUCUUCUUGUGACUGAAAAGUCGCUUCACACAUUUGAGUGUUACUGUAAAGUCAAAAGUAACGUUACUGUGAUCCGUCCACAUGUCGUUUUACAGACAGUCGGUGGUAAUGUUUACACUGAGCUUCAUGAACAAUAGAUUAUACAGUAUUUUUAAGUUUUAUACAGCGCAACAGCAGUAUCAUUAGAUGAACAUAACUGGUUUAUUCUCGUUGGGCCUACAGACUAACUAGUACCAAAACUCAAUUUAACUUAUUCAAAAUCCAAAUUUUAACCCAGAAUAAAAGUGAACACACAUAUUUCACCUCAUUGGAUACCCCAAUUUAUCAAACUCUGUUUAAUUGCUUUAAAGUUAAUGUUUUUGUCCUUGGUAGCUUGAAGAACUUGGGAAAAGAAAAAAAUUUGUUACUCAAGAACCAACUGACUAUUUAUCUAUCUGUCGCAUUGCGUUAUAUGUGUAGCAGUGUAAAUAAACGAGAUGUAUAUGUAUUA